AUGUCUAGUAGACGACAUAGAAGCGAUCGAAAGAAGAGACCAGCAUCAGAUCAACAGUCUAGUGGCAAUCGUCAGAUACGACGGCGUUCCACAGAUGAAGACCCUGCAGUCACAGAUGUAACUCAGGGUAUAAGUGCUAUGUCUACUACAAGCAGCGUACCAAUCGGAAGGAUAAACGCUGAGAAUCAAACACCUUGGCCGCCUGCACCACCUGGGGGAUAUAUUUUUGAGAGAACCUCAGGUGGUUAUAGCGACAAUAACUCUGCUUAUCAGUAUAGUCAACAUGCUGGCUAUCAGACUGGCCAUUACCCUGGGUAUCAAUCUCACCAACAGCCUGGAAGCCAGCCUCGCCAUCAGUCCGGAUAUCAGCCUAUGCAUGAGUUUGGGUAUCAGUAUUCUGCAUAUGCGGAUUCCCCAGCUGACAAUACCAGUUCGAGACACUAUCGUCCAGGGCCGCCACUUUUAAAUGAUGGUAGUCAGGCUCUGCCAUCUAUACAGUCUCUGGGGCUUCCUUGUUUGCCAAAUGAACCGUCUCGACGUGAAACAAUGCCACACUCCCAACAUCAGUCUGGUAGCCAAGCUUCUGCAAUGGGGGGUGAAGGAGCAGGAGCCACCGCUGAUGGUGCAUAUUACCAGCCACUUGCUAAUCGACCGCCUGCUAGUCGUGAUAUUGAACAUCUCAUAUAUUUGUUAAAAGAGAGAGAAUUUGUUGAAGCCAGGAGAUUCUGUAUAGCAGAAUUCGAAAGGGCUGAAGUAAAAGUCGCAAAGAACGGAGUUCAGUUGAAAGGCAUAACAAAGAGUACAAAGGUUUUCGACAAACCUAUGGGACAUUUUGUGAGAAAACGCAUGGCCAGAUACACUGAAGGGGACUACCGUUCUUUUUGGAUUUUGUUUACUAGCGCCGUCAAUACCACCUUUUAUCACGAAAAUUUUGAAGGUGAUGGCCCUAGUGAAAUCAAGGCCUUUCUUGAAUAUCAGUAUGGCCGUAUACGGGAGGAUCCUGAUCUCCAAAGAUAUUCAGAUCCAUCUCAACUUUCAAUACAAGUGUUAACGAUGAUGCAGCCUUUGGACGAGACUCAUAUAAGGAGAUGGGUUAUGGAAACCCCAGCAGGGGGGAAAUACUUCAUACGUCCGAUCAAUAUUUACCUGAGACAUGAAGAGGUACUUUCUGGUUUGCUGGAAGCUGUAUCCAAAUUUGGAAAGAAACAUAACAUCCGAGUUACCUUAUUUCCAUUCCUAACAUCAUACGUAAAUCAAUGGGGAUGGCGUCUAACAAAAAGGAGUAACGCUGGACAAGAUCCUUUAUUCACCCACCUCGAAAUCUUGACUGAGUGGCGCGAAAGUGACAAAGAUGGAGACGUAGAGCGUAUCGAAGUCAUUCAUUCCUUCAAUCUAUGA